AUAACACACACGUGAUAACAAAAACAACGGUAUUUUUUUAGUAUUUUUUAUACAUCUUAAUUUUAGAUUUAGUCGUUUAGUUAGGAUUUAAGAAUCUCUUCCUAUUGAACAUUGUUCAGAAUAAUGUUCGUCAUACAUUUUAAGAUUAUCGGUGACUUUUAGAUUCGAAUAUUAAGUAUAACAGUUGUUGAACGACAGAGUUUGAGAAACACCACCGUGUACGAUAAUGGACAUUUCAACUAUGCAAAUCAAACCGGUGGCAGUAAAAAGAAAUGGUGUCACCAGUUGUUAGUCGACACUAAACGUUUCUCAGAUAGAAAUCGCUCGAAUUCGUCGACUCUUAAGCCUUUUGACCAGAAUGGAUCACGCCGAGCUGGUGUUGGAAAUGUCUCAUUUGGAGCGGAUGCCCACGGCAGAUAGGUUGGCCCUAGCUAGACGACGUCGGGUGCAACAAUUACGACUGUGGGCACAAAAAGAUCGCGAGCGUCGACGGUCAUCUCCACCGCGCAACAAUAGGCAUAUAUAUUUCAGUGACAACGUCAUGUUGUUGGAAGCUGCUUCUAGAAAUGAUAUUGAAGAAGUAAAGAGACUUUUGGUCAAAGGAGUCAGUCCAGAUGCUACGAAUGAAGAUGGACUCACUGCCCUGCAUCAGUGUUGUAUUGAUGAUAAUGAACAAAUGAUGAAACUCUUGGUGGAAUUUGGUGCUAAUGUGAAUGCAGAAGAUAGUGAAAAGUGGACUCCAUUACACGCAGCAGCAACUUGUGCUCAUUUACACCUAAUUAAAUAUCUUAUUGAUAAGGGUGCUAAUUUACUUUCCGUAAAUGCUGAUGGUAAUAUGCCAUACGAUAUCUGCGAAGAUGAAGCUGCAUUAGAUCUUAUUGAGAGUGAAAUGGCUAGACGAGGUGUUACACAACAAUUGAUUGAUAAUACACGUUCUACUACAGAACAUAGAAUGUUACAAGAACUCCAGCAAGCUGUUGAAAAUAAUCAGAGUUAUUUACUAGAAUCGUAUGACCACCAAGGAGCUACACCUUUACAUAUUGCUGCAUCCAAUGGUUAUUUAAAAGUAGUAGAAUACUUAUUAGACAACCAUGUUGCAACUGAUGUUAGAGAUUCUGAUGAAUGGCAACCUGUUCAUGCAGCUGCUUGUUGGGGUCAUUUGGAAGUGUUGGAGAUAUUGGUUCAAAAUGGUGCUGAUUUGAAUGCUAAGACAAAAAAUGAUGAAACGCCUGCAGACAUCUGCGAAGAUCCAGAUUUACGAGAUCGUAUAUUACAAUUACGUAAUGAACAAGAGACUAAAAAAGAAGCUCAGAGAAGAAGAGUACGGCGUACGCAAUCAAAUAACACAAGAGCUCAAUCUGUUCGAAGGACAUCUAUUAGAGAAAAAACGUUGACAUCUAAAAAGGAUGCAGUAGAAGAAGCUAGGUUAAGAGUUGAAGCUCAGAAUUUUGCAAAAAAGUUUUUGGCUAAUGAGCGUACCACUAGUGACUUUGAAGGAGAUUCAUCAAUAGAUUCAUUUGUUCCAGUACCUAUUACUGUUCCUUCAACCAUUCCUACUACAGAACGUUGUGAGCCUGAAGGUGAAGACGUUACUGAAGAAAAGUCACAGUUGGAAUCUGUUGAUGUUGGCCCUGCUGCUGAAACCUGCUAUACCACUGAAAGUGAUGGUAAAAUAAAUAUACAUGUUUCGGUAACUAUCAAUGCGGGUACUUUGGCCGAGUUGAAGAAACAACGAGCACAAACUCGUGCAGCAGCUGGUCUUCUUUCUAAUAGUGCCGAUAUGCCAUCUGAUUCUGGUGCUGCAUUUAAUAGAUUUGCUGGUGAUACUGAGGAUGUGAUCGUUGGCGAUCCAUUGAAGACAAGGCGAAAAUGUUGUAUAAUUUUUUAAUUUCUAAAUUGCCUUUAAUAUUUGAAUAUUUGGAGCAUAAAAUAUUUAUUUUUUAUAUGGAAACGUAAUAUUUACAUUUUCCUACUUUUAUAUUGUACAUUUUUACAAUUUUAGAUUAUAUUAUUAUCCUUUUUUGUGUACUUAAACAUCACUGAAAAUUGUUCCGUCCUGUAGAAUUAUUUUUACUCGAUUUUUAUUUAGUUUUGAAUUAUUCCAAUUUAUAAGGGCCAUUAGAAUUAAUUUAGAUUAUUAGUUGUUUACAUAACUGUGAUAAAUUUGUGAGUGUUCGGAGAGUAUUUGAUCAUUUUUUAUAAAACUUAUUUUUGUAUUGAUAAUAUUAGCACAAAUCAAAUUAAUAUAUUU